CUCACAACUGUCGGAUGGACACUUUGCUCCUUGCCUCUCGCGCUCACCUCGCUGCGCGAGCGCACAUGCUAGAACUCUAUGCUUCCCUUUCCAGUCUAUCUCUGAGCCCAUAAAACAGAACAAACCGUCCAGUACCGACGGAGAUCGACCUCAUUCCGGACUCUGACAGGACCAAGGCGCCGACUGCACGUAUACCGGACUCAGCAACCUACCUUCAAUUACCCCCACAAACGUGUUCCCCAUAUCCUCUUACCGGAGGGGACACUGAUCGCAUGAACUUGGCCGAGCCGUGCGCGCGCCACGAUGCCCCGCCGCACAUCUUCCCCGACGAAAGACGGUGUUACACGAGCCUUGGCGGAACCUGUAAAGGAUGACACAGCAAGCAUUGAAGAGAGACGGGAUGCCCUUGUUCUGGAGAAGCGCACAGAGCUCUCGCAGAUAUAUGAUCGGCACGAUGACCUGGUUAGGGAAAUAUUCCACAUGAAGAAGUUCCGCAUCAUGACGCGCUAUGACCCUGCCGAAGUCAAGAAUGACCAGAGUAAUGUGUUCCUCAGGCAUCAAGCCGAGUACGAUCUUCUACUGCAAACCGAAGGCGCGGGACCGUCAAGGCGAACCCGAACCUCGCAGACGCAGCGAGCGCUGUUACUUCCGAAGCCACCACCUCGGCCUCCUACCGAGCCCAGGGAAGCACCGCCGCCGCCACGAUCCUCCAGCGAGAUCUUCAAUUCUCCUCCUACGCUGUUCGCGCGGACCAAAGGCAAGGGCAAAGCGCGCGCCAACCCCACGACCCCCGUGCGUCCACAGCUCAGCAUACCGCGACAUGGAACCCGGGAAGCCCCAUCGGAGUCGGAUGAAGAAGAAUUGACCGUCACCAUAUCCGCACGCAGCAAGGGCAAACAGCGUGCCGAGCCACCCUCUAGUCCGCUCACGGACCUGUCAUCUUCCUCGGAUGGUGUAUCAACGUCUUCCCUGCAAGAUACACGCCUUAUGCCCCCACCUCCGCCUCCUACCGAACCACCAGACCCUAGCACGGUGAAGCUGUCGAGACCGGUGAAGCCCGUGCUGCCACAGAAGCGGCGGAGAGCCAGCGAUAGCGACACGGGUAUAAGCAGCGAUGAUGGCCCGGCUGUCCCUCGAAGUCCCCGGAAGGCGGCGAAGAAAGGGGACGUUCGCAAGGUGGCAGAGAGUAGUCCAAGCAAGGCGGCGAAGAGUGAUUUGAGCAAGACGGCUCAAAAUGAUAUGAUUGCGGCGCCUCCACAGCCGGCGACUGCACCUGCUCGGACGCGAGCUCGCCCGUCUGAGCAACGUCCUCUGCCAGAAACUCCGAUGCGCAAGCGAGUCCCAGCACGUCGACGAAAGCAAGGAGAACCCACACCUUCUGCAUUCGCUACGCCGAAGCGCGCGGCCGGUAGACCCAAAAGGCCAGUGAACGGACAAUCGAAUGACGUACCUGCAGUGGAUGCGAACCCCUCAACCAAGAUCAGACCGCGUUCUACCAUCAAGAGCGUCAACCUCAUCGUACGACGGCCGCCACCGGUAGUUACCAACCCUUUCCAAGUCCCCGAUCCUGCUCGACAUGGGCACUCGCUCCCCGCACUUCUGGACUCAUACAUCCUGGACGGCGACAGGUCUCUGACAGCCGACGAAGUGAACGAGCGCGCACGGCACGAUGCACAGAUUUUGGAGAGAUACCACCGGCUAUGCGCUGAGGGAGAGAUAUUACCUCUAGAGAAAUAUGAGCAAGCGAAAGCGGCCAUAGCGGCUGCCUCUUCGAAUCCUCUCGGGCCAAGGUCGACCGACGUAUGGGCUCAUGUCGUUCGGGAGGUUGAGGAGCGGUACGAGGCCGGCAAGCGCGCAGGGAAGCGCGCUGCGAAGUCUUCUGCGCAGGUCAUGGUCGAGUACCGGGCGCGGGAGGCGAAGCGGCAAGAGGAUGAGCAGCGGCGCGUGGAGCGGCUGGCGAAGGAGACCAUGAAGCUGAUUGUCCGGCAAUGGGUUGAGGCUGUCAAAUACGUUCGGGAGCAAGAGCGUCGCAGGCAGGAGGCGGAGGAGAUCCGACUGGGUCAUAAGCGACUGGAUGCUCUUCUUGACAAGUCGGAGGAGUUGCUGGAGCUGCAGCAAGGUGCCCUGGGAGGACGGUCGACGCGGUUCAGUGCAUCGUCUCAGGCGGACUCGGACGAUGAGAGUGAUGGUCAACCGGAGGACAGCGACGAUGAGGACGUCGGGGACGGCGAAGACAACGACUCCGUCUCUGUGAUGCAAAGCGACGUUCCUACCGAGCAAGAAGAGGUUCCGUCAGUGCAUAAUGGCGACGAAGGGAGUGCUUCAUCUCGCCCGACAUCUCCUCCAAACGACUUUGCCACAGAGUCACAUCGUUCUUCGUCGGUCGACAUCCCUCUUUCGCAAUCUCAGGAGCACACGAGCUCGCAAGUUUCCGAGUCGUCUGUAGAGCCCACUACCCCGGCCGACUUCAACGUAGCAGCAUCCUCUUCAGCCUCCGUCGAUAUGCAUCCCUGGGAUACGGAAGGCACCACGAUGGAAGUCGACGAAUUCGAGAACUCAUCGCCUCGCAAAUCGAUCGAUAUCGUGUACCCCCAGCCUAGUAAAAUCAGCUGGGAGGACGACCUGGCCGCGGGGCCCGCGGACGUAGACAUACCGUUCCACGACCUCGUUCCCCAGUCCGAUCACCAUUCCCUUGCGUCUGACGACGAUCCUGUCGUACGGUCGAAGAGCGUAGAGCUCACAGUGCCAGACUACCUAACGCCGUAUGCUGUCGCGCCUGUGCAGUGGCACCCGAAGCAGAAGGUACAGAAGCCGCUUCUGCUGCGGGGUGAGUUGCGUGAGUACCAGCAGCAUGGUCUUGAGUGGUUGGCGAACUUGCAUACGACGAAUCAGAAUGGUAUUCUGGCAGAUGAGAUGGGCCUCGGGAAGACCAUUCAGACCAUCGCUUUGCUGGCCCAUUUGGCAUGCGACCGCGGUAUUUGGGGUCCGCAUCUCAUUAUCGUCCCUACCAGCGUCAUCCUCAACUGGGAGAUGGAGUUCAAGAAGUUCCUUCCUGGCUUCAAGGUGUUGGCGUACCACGGCAACACGACCAAGCGGCGCGACCUGCGCAAGGGCUGGAAUGACAAGUACUCCUUCAAUGUCUGCAUUACCUCGUACGCCCUCGCCACCCGGGAUGUCGCCAUCUUCAAGCGGCGGUCAUGGUACUACAUGAUCCUCGACGAGGCUCACAUGAUCAAGAACUUCAAGUCGCAGCGGUGGAAUCUGCUCCUGAUGUUCAAGAGCUUUCGUCGGCUGCUGCUCACCGGCACGCCGUUGCAGAACAACCUCACCGAGCUGUGGGCGUUGUUGCAGUUUCUGAAGGCGGGGUCUGAGUUUGCGUCGCAGAAGGAAUUUGGCGACUGGUUCUCCAACCCUUUGGAGAAGGCUAUCGAGAUGGGCAAUCAGGACGACGAGGAGACGCAGAAACGCGUGGAAAAGUUGCGCAAGAUCCUACGAAGCGUCAUGCUGCGUCGACUCAAAAGCCAGGUCGAAAAGCAGCUUCCCAAGAAGCACGAACACGACGUCCUUUGCCCCUUGUCUAAACGCCAGCGAUUCCUGUACGACGAGUUUAUGUCGCGCGCGCAAACUCAGGCGGAGCUGCAGUCGGGCGUCUACCAGAAGAUUGCGAACAUCCUCAUGCAGUUGCGCAAGGUCUGUAACCAUCCUGAUCUCUUCGAGGUGCGGCCCAUCGUCACUUCGUUCGCCAUGUCGCGUUCGGCGAUCGCGGACUACGAGAUCAAGGAACUGCUUGUACGACGGCGGUUCUGUAUCGAGAAGGAUGAGCAUGUCGACCUCGAUCUUCUCGGACUACGAUUUAUACAGAAUCAGGGGAAACCCCUGAUUUCUGCACUGGAAGGCCGACGGUUGGACUACUCCCCGCAAUUGAAAUACACGUCGGACGCGCCGGGCGAGCCGCCACCAAAGGACCUACGCACAAUUGCUGGCUUUCGAGCGUGGAAGGCAUAUCAGGAGCAAGCCGUUGCAGUGGAACGUCGUCGGCACCUGGGCUAUGUACACCAUCUACGAUGCUCUAGCGACACGCCUAUCAUCGGCUCCGAGCUCCUCCGUGUCGCUCGGGCAUGCACGUUCACGCUGCGUCCGUGGUCGGCGCUCGAUCUGCGCCUCGAACACUGGCAUCGGACGAAGGCCGUGCACACGGCCGUCGCGUCUUUCGAAGACCGCGCGGAGCAGAUGAGAGACGUGAUAGACCGCUUCGCCUUCGCUACGCCGCCCGUUGUUGCGCGCGACAUCCCCUCCAUCGCUCUCGCCAGCCACGAGGGCGCGAUCCUCCGCCUUCCCCCAGAUUUUGACUCCUCCCUCCACCGCGCGGCCGUCAAGCUCCAAAUCGCCUUCCCCGACCCCUUCCUCCUACAGUUCGACUGCGGCAAGCUGCAGUACCUCGCCGACCUCCUGCGGGAGAAGAAGGCGGGCGGCCACCGGGUGCUGAUCUUCACGCAGAUGACGCGCAUCCUCGAUAUCCUCGAGGUCUUCCUCAACUUCCACGGCUAUCUGUAUCUAAGGCUUGACGGAGCGACGAAGAUUGAGGACCGGCAGUAUGUGACGGAGAGAUUCAAUGCGGACGAUCGGGUGUUCUGCUUCAUCGCGUCGUCGAGGUCGGGCGGGGUUGGGAUCAAUCUGACCGGCGCCGACACGGUCGUGUUCUACGACAGCGAUUUCAACCCGCAGAUGGACCGGCAGUGCGAGGAUAGAGCGCACCGCAUCGGCCAGAUCCGCGACGUGCACAUCUACCGCUUCGUGUCCCAGCACACCGUCGAGGAGGCCAUGCUUCGGAAGGCCAACCAGAAGCGCUCGCUCGACAGCCUCGUCAUCCAGCGCGGGGAGUAUGACUGGCGGCGGUUUCUGGAUAACGAGCAGGCGGUCACGGCCGCGCUGGCGGAGGUGGAGGACCGGGACGAUGCGCAUGCGGCGGCGGUGGCGAUGCGGGAGGCGAACGAUAUGGACGAUGCGGACCAGGCGGACUUUGAGGAUGAGAAGGCGGGGAAAGGAGGGGAGGCGGCGGUUCAUGGAGAUGCUGAAGGGGAUGAGGGGGAAGGUGGUUCGGUUUCUGAUUACAUGAUCAGCUUGGUCGUGCAGGACUACGAGCACUUCGCCGAGUGGCGCACGUAGAUCCUGGCGGCUGUUGUUCUUGUAUUCCACUCCAUGUUUCUCUUGCAUUGUGUCGUAGACUCUUCUUGCUUAUAUGCUUCCACCAUGUGUUAACGUUCUUGCUGUCUACUUACCUAUAUUCUUGCUUUUAGAGCUGGCUUGCCCAUCGCCGCUCUUCCUAAAAUGAUAGUCUCGUUAUUUGGGGA